GACGCGGGCCAGGCCGGGCCGGGAGCCAGGGAACCGAUCUUCAUUCAUAAAGCAUAGCCUCUCCUACAGUCGCCUAGCAACUCGGGCAGCGCGGAGUUCGAAGGGAACCCAGGAACCAAUCGGGGUAUCCGGGGUGAACCAUUCUGCUCACUGAAGGGGGAAACCAGGGUACUGAUGGACCCUUUCUCCCGUCUUCCUGUCUGGGAGUCCUCGGAGAUCCAGAGGACGAAGAAGAGCGACGAAGUAGCCUUUGGCCACGCAGGGGGAAACGACACUAACCAGAGCCCGGGCUUCAGAAGGAGGGAGGGGUGAUUCACUCUCCCCCCCGCGCCUGCGGCUUGCAGGCGUUGGGAGCGGCCGGUCUCCGUUGGGAGCUCGGGCUGCGUGGGGAGGAGGGGCGGGGCAGUUCCGGUGUGCCUGUUUGGGGAGCGGCGGAUCGUCCGGAGCCUGCUGAGUGGACUGGACGUUCUCGGCAGACUCAGGAGCCCACGGGCGCCCAGCUGUUGCUGCAUCUCCCUCCAGUGCUCAGCCCAGGGUAUGUGAUUGCUCCCUGCUUGCUGCCUGAAUUCAUCUUCAGCCCCCACAGAUUUCUUGGGGUGCCUUAGUGGCCAAAGCCGACAGUCAUGCCCGUGGAGACCUUGCCCACAGCAGGGAGUUUGAAGGAGGUGGCCCCCGGACCCCCCUGCACCUCCAGCAUGCCCUUCCGCAUCCUUACCAAGGGGCGGUUCUUCGGCCCGGGCGAAGGGCACGUCCAAAACCGGUCUUGGAGGCUGGAGGCGGAAAUAAAAUGUGAAACUUGCGGGGACACCAAGGGGCCUUAAACCCUACUCCAAACGCCCCUCUUUGCGGAGUUUAACAAUUUGACACUCGCGACCCCGGCUGCAGGCAGCCGCCGGGCAGAGGCUUGUGGGACUCGGGCCUCCCUCAACAUGGAGGUCCUCAGCAAUCUCAUUAAUCUGUGUGAUAGCCCUGCGCCCCUGCCCGAUGGCCCUCCUCCAGAACGCAAGUGGAAGGCAGGGCCCUCGCCUGGCCUGGGUCGGAUGUCCCUAGGAGACGGGAAGCGAAUGAGUCCUGCCUCUGAGGGUUCCCUCUCUACUCCUCUUCGACCCCCCAGCAUAGCAGCAGUGCGCAGGGUGGAUGUCCGGCCUUCUGGGGAGCCCCAAAUCCGGGCCAUUCCCAGUUCCCCUGCCAGCCCUUGCUCUAACCUGGGCACCUCACCAGGCCCCAGUCCCCAAGAGGGCCCGCGACGGCUUACCCACCUGCACCGCUCCAAGUCAGACCUGAGUGACCGAUUCUCCAGGGCCACGGCUGACCUCGAACGCUUCUUUAACUACUGUGGCCUGGACCCCGAGGAAGCGCGUGGCUUGGGUGUGGAGCACUUUGCCAGGGCCAGCUCGGACAUAGUCUCAGUGAAAUUCCACAGCGUCAGCACCAGCAGCUCGGAGGGCACGCAGUCCCAGCGCAGUGAGGCCACAGCUGAGGACAGGGCCAGAGAGCGAGCCCCUUACGGUGUCUCUGUCAUUGAGCGAAAUGCCCGUGUCAUUAAGUGGUUGUACGGGCUGCGGCAAGCUCGCGAGGCAGCGCAGAGAAGUUCCAAUGUUUAAGGGUCCCUGGCUUUGUGCUCCUGAAGCUUUGUGCUCCGGGCCCUCCAGGGAGGGGGUGCCUGCAGCAGGGAGAAGCGCACUCUGUCCCCCCGGCUCCAGUGCUGUCAUUGGACAUUUUGAUGGAGAUCCAGCCUGAGAUUGGCAGGCCAGGAACCUUGGGAGAAAUGUUUGCAUGUUGGGUUCCAUGAGACCAGUAUCUGCAACAGAGAUGUGGCUUCCUUAGACUCUCAGUAAACUUUAUGGGAAGCAGACGCUUUGUCAAAUGCAGAAAGUGUUGGUGGGGGGUGAAGGAGGUGGAGCAGGAAGCCAGUAGUGAUUUGGGUGGCAAAGAGAGAACCAACCUGUGUCAUCCCGGGCCCAUGUGAAGUCCUGUGGAGCUCAUUCUUUCCAUUGAUUGAUAGAAGGUUUGAAUGAGAGGAGGGAAGAAGUCAGAGGUGUGAAAUGUGGUGCGAAUAUGUGGUGUGAGGUCCUCAUGGAAGGCAAGACCCUCUUAGCCUUCUCCCCCACCCCCAGCUUGUCCCAGUUCCUCCCAGAUUCUUCCCACAUAAACUCGGCUUGGUAACUGCCCUUGAGAGGGUGGGAAGUAGGGCAGCCAGCCUUCGCAGCAAGGGAGUGUAUUGGAGCUCGGAGCAGCAGCAUGGCUACCAGUCUGGCCUCUAAAGGCUGGAUGUGAUCAGUAUUCCCCUGCUUGCCUCAUGUCCCAUCCCCUCAAUACCUUGUUAGGGCUUAAGAACCCUAGUAUGUGCUAGGGUUCCUGUUCUGGUGCCCCCAGCAUCUUCCCUUGAAGAGAGAAUAUGUGUGUGUGUGUGUGUGUACAGUGCUGUUUUGUGUAUAUGUGUGUAAUGGGAGCAAGGGAAGUGCUAAUUCAUAGUCAGAUACUACCUUGUUUCUAUUGGGCAGAUUCCUCAAGAAACUGGACUUUUGGUUUCCCUUCUCUUAAGCUGUGAGAACUCGGUUUCACCAUGCCACUAGCUGGACCCCUGUUGUCCUUCUUUGGAGUUUCUUUGUUAAUAAACCUAUGUGAUUUUGCUUUGGACAAAAAGGUCUCAUUCUGAAAAUGCUGAUGUUGGUUUCCUGUUUUUAAGGUUUGGGCCCAGUUCCGGGGAGUGGGGGAAGGGGAAAGAGGACAAACUGAAGCUUUGAAGGCCUCAGUAAUUAUUAACUCUUGCCUAGAUAAGAUGAGAUUUUGGAGGGCAGAGUCUUCCUCAGGCCUAGUCCAGCCCGGCCCACUGAAAGGGAAAAAGUAGGAAAAAAGGUAGAAAGAAUACUGGGUUUGAAAUUACAGAGGAUAUGAAUCUGAAUCUUGGCCUUGCUUCUUUAUUGCUUGUGCGACUUUGAGCAAGUCAUUGCCCUUCUCUGAUCCUCCUAUUUCUUCUUCUGUCAAAAAAGAGUGGGAUUAGAUUAAGGACUCGACCUUUUUUGUAUCAUGGCCCCUUUUGGCAGAAUGGAGACUGUCAGAACAAGGUGGAGCCUUAGAAUAUAGACUGGAGAGAAUUCGGGACUACUUCUUGGAAACAGGUUUUUAAAUACAUUAAAAAAUACAAAGAAUUGCAAAGGAAAUCAAAGGUUAGUGAAUAUAAAGAUUUUUUUUUCCCCAUCCACAUUGACAUGCCCUGAAAUUUAUCCAUGAACCUCUUGGGCUUUUGUGAACACUAAGUAAGAUAAUCUCUCUAAGGCUAUUUCUUAGAGCACCUUGUUCUCAUCACAGUCCACUUUCUUCCUUACCUCCUAUUCCAAAUCACAAAAGGAGGAAGGGUCUGAGGGAGAGAGUCAAGAAAGAUAGGAAAAGAGGCAGGUGGGGGGCGAAGAGGAAGAGAUUUGCAGACUACACUGAAUAGGAAGUCAGGAAAUCUUCCUGAUCCUGCGAAAGAUGUAGUCAGAGCACCUGGGUCCCCAUCGUGGCUCUGAUACUGCUGGCCCACCUUGUUGAAAAUCACUUUUCUCUGGGUGCUUCAGUUUCCCCUGUAAAAUGCAAAAGAUUGGGUUAGAUGGCUCCCAAAAUCCCUUCCAACUCUGAAUCUAGGAUCCUAGGAAGUUACUGUGGAAAUUAGGGCAAGUUCUUUCUAAUCUCCAGCUUUGUUUCCUCUUUAGCAAAUUUAGGGGGUUGGAUUGUAGGGUUUUUAAAACCUCAUCCAGUUUUAGAGCUUUAAGGUGCCUCUAAGGUAAUGAUCGGGGAUUGGAGGAAGGCAGUCCAAGGAAUGAAGGAUCGGAGAUUACAGUUGUGGCCGUUGGUAUCAAUGCCUGGGGAAGAGGGCAGCUGGGAAGCUUCUAGUCCUACCAGACUGAGGCUGGGGAAGGAGAAAUGGUUUCCUCUUUUCCCUGGGGAUCUUGCUGGCCAGAGGAUCAGGAAAGGAAAACACUAAUCAGUUUGUCGGUUGGAGGGUUUUAUGGUAGUUUUUUGUGAGAGCAUUGAAAGGAGAUUUCCGAUUGAUGCUGAAGUGGUUGUUGAAAAAUAUCCAAGUUGCCCCAGCCAGUAGCAAAUAGGCUUUCUGUCUGUCAGACAGCCAGGCAGCUCCCUCAGUGGCAGCCCUGGUCUUAAGAAUCUGGAGACCUAAUUUCUAGCCCUAGCUCUCUUGACUUAUUUGUAAGACUUUGCCCAAGUCAUUUCCCAUUUCUGGGCCUUUAGUUUUUGCUCUAAAGUAAGAGGGGUUAGAUUAUAUGAUCUCUAGAAUCCCCUCUGGUACAUUGUAAGAUGUUUAAUGAUCUUAUCUAAGCUUUAUAAAGAGUGUGGUAUAAUGGAAAGAAGACUGGCAAUAGAUUCACUCAAAAUCCUGUCUAGAACAUAUACCAGAUACAUGAAUAUGAACUUAUUCUAAGGGGGCUCCAGGGUAACACUCUUCAGAUUGUAAAUUAGGGAGAUGCUGACUUUGCUGGUAAGGAGAAUUUCCACACUGGGAAUUCUCGAUACUGAUGACAGUCGCUCUUGGGGCCACUUCGCCAUCACUAUUCCCAUCCCUCCCCCCCAUCUAACCUUUGUUUUUCCUUUGGCACAAUGCUCUGCAGGUACUUAAUAUAGCCUUGUUGAAUUGAAUUAUUGAAAAUCCCUUUGACCAGAAGAAACUAUAUAUGUUUCUAACAUCCAUUCUUCCUAGCUUGAACAUCCUUUAGUUCUUUGACCCAGUGACACACUUAGCAUCUCCACUGCAGAGGCUCUCUGGGGAGGACAGAACCAGAAGAAAAGCAGCUGUAACUAUUGCCAUGGCAACAGUGCCGUCUGCCAAAGCUGUUAGGAGUGUGUAGAGGCUUGUAGUUGGGUAUUCUCCACAAUGGGGAUCUAGAGUGAGGGUAACCAAUCCUAGACCACCCCUGGGCACCUGAUCUUAGCUUAGUACUGUGUACAUGUUUGGGGGUAGAGGGGGUCCAAGUGGAUACCCCUACAUCCUGGAGGAAACCAGCUUUCCCUUCCUCUCCUGUGAGUGUCUUUCUCUUCACCCUGAAUCACACUAGUAGAAUGUCAAUCUGGAGCACAGAAUGGCAGUGCCGGAAGGGACUGAAAAUAAAAUCAAAUUC